CUCACACGCCUCCCGACGCCUCCCGUCGCCCCCUCCACCAGCGAGCGAGUCUAAACCAGUUAGGGGAAAAGUACCCUACCACCCCCCCUCCCCAACUGUUUUACACAGCCUUUCUCCCUCUCCUUAGUUAGCUACCCUGGGAAGGUGCAUUGGCAGCUAUCAACAGAUGGAAGGGCAGGGAGAGGGAGGAGACGCUAGAGAGAGAAGGAGGUCUUUAUUACGCGCCGCACAAUACCCAAGCCCUGGGGGACCUCUUCCAGCUGGGCUCAAGAGGGUAAAGUCAGGCAGGAGAGCAACUCGGGAACUUUUCAAAAGAGCUUGAAAGAGCCACUGUAGAGUUCCCCACUUUUCCCCCCUUUUGCUUUUUUGCAAGGGAGGGCGGCAUCGCUUGGGAAGCGAAGGUGGCUCUGAUUUCAUUUGGCGGAGCCCAGGAUAGUGCGCAUUGGGAGGCCACCCUUUUUGGGGGAAGGCUUCUUCCUCCUCCUCCUGCUACUGCUGGCGUGCUCCAAACUUUCCUGGAUGGGGUCUGCCCGGUGGAAGAGGCUCUGCCUUUUGUUCCUGAUAGGGAUAACGUUCUCGGUCAUCUUCUACGGGCACUACUACACCACGACGGAUUCAUCCAGACUGCUGCAGCAGGAGACACUGGGGCCAGCGCAAGCAGAACUUCCCCGAGAUGUCAGGAACCAUAGUCUGCCCAGAGAAAGCAUCAUAAAGAGGGGGAACCCAACCAAAGAUUCACCUGAGAGAAGAAUUCUUAAUCAUCCCAAGGAGAAGGAUUUGCUCACGCCAAACCUUUCUCAGUCCGGUCUGUGUCCCCACUCACUGAAGUCCAAAGUAAAGGUAGACCCAACGAUGAGGAAGCAGUUUGAUUUUGGCAUCCCGGUGCUGAUGGGGAAGCAGCACUUCACCCCAGAGACCUGGGAGAAGCUAAAAGAGCACAAGGUCCCCUACGGCUGGCGUGGCUUGUCACAUUCAGCAAUUGCAUCCACCGUGCAGCUCCUCAAUGACUCCACCAGCAGUAGGCUCUUCAGCAAGACCGGGCUACCAGAUGGCUGCAGCCGCUGUGCUGUGGUUGGGAACGGUGGGAUUCUGAAUGGCUCUCGUCAAGGCAAGGAGAUAGAUGCUCAUGACUUCGUCUUCAGGCUUAAUGGGGCCGUGAUCAAAGGCUUCGAGGAAGAUGUUGGGACGAAAAUCUCCUUCUAUGGUUUCACAGUAAACACCAUGAAGAAUUCCCUCAUUGCUUAUGCAGAAUAUGGCUUCACGCAGAUACCACAGGGCAAGGACAUCCGCUACAUUUUCAUCCCCUCGGAUCUACGAGAUUAUAUCAUGCUGAAAUCCGCCAUAUUGGGCACCCCGGUCCCAGAGGGGUAUGACAAGGGCGAUGAGCCACAACAAUAUUUUGGAUCUGAGGCAUCUGACGGAAAGUUCAAGUUGCUGCACCCUGAAUUUGUGCACUACCUAACAGAGAGGUUUUUAAGGUCAGAAAUAAUAAACAGUCAGUUUGGACAUCUCUACAUGCCCAGCACUGGAGCCCUGAUGCUUCUAACAGCUCUUCAUACCUGUGAUCAGGUCAGUGCCUAUGGUUUCAUCACCGACAACUACAGGGCAUUCUCCGACCACUACUUUGAGCAGGAGAAGAAGCCAUUGGUCUUCUAUGCCAACCACGAUAUGCUGCUGGAAGCUGAGCUGUGGAAGAGUCUGCACCGGACUGGCAUCAUGAAGCUGUAUCAACGGUGAAGGCAGCUUGGGCGCAUGGGCAUGGAAAGGGAGAGGGCAGCUCCACCUGAUCUCCAUCCUUCAGGUGGAUCCUGGGCAGCCCUUCCUCUAUUUUAGGUCAGCAGCGAAACUGAAAAGCCGCAGCUUCCAAAUGUGCCAAAGGAAGUCCUGCACCAGCCAGCCAGGGGAGAAAUCAUCUCCAUGGGAUAUGACAAAGAGCAAAUUGCACUGUACUAAUCCGUUCGAGAAGGAAGGCCCAGCGAAGUUGGGAGCUGCGACAGCACAGUCACAAUCCUGCUGUGACAAUGCGGCAACAAUCCCCAGCUCUGCAAGCGCCUCUCACACUUCCGGUGAUGUUUCCGUCCGGCAUUCUGCUGCGGCUUCUGCUCAGAGGCAAGGCGCGGCUUGGUCUUCCUGGAACACUGGCCCCACCUUACAAAAUGGCUGUUCUUGAAGUCGCCCCACUCUUUGCCUCUUCCUGUUAGGAGCUGCCUGGCAAUACUCACUGUGAAAUGGGGCACAAGGGCUGGAGCACACUUGUGUUUGCCAUGGCCUCGGUGAAGCCACAAAUCUUUGCUCCGUAACGCGGUGGGAGCCCGUGGCACUCAGAACAGCUCUCCUGUUCAGGAAAAAAAAGCCCUACACAACAGGCAUUGAGUUCAUGCAAUGUUAUUGGCCUACAUUAACGGACAGUACUGUGAAAUAGGAACCUGCAAGGGGAUUUUUUAAGAAGCAGUUGCGGGCAAGAAUGAUUGGAUCUUCCCCCUUUCACACAGGGUAGUGUUCUUGCACUGCUCAGGCUACCAGCUACGUUCUUCAUGUGGGUGCUGAGCAUACACACUCCACUCGCCAGUGUCUUGUUUUAUUAUAUUCUCUCUUUUCCUCAGUGACACAGCCCAACUCCCUUUCCUAAAGCCUGCUUCCAAAUUUCCUCCUCCAGUCUGGCUGUUUAUUUUACGUUCCGGGCAGAUCACGCAAAAAAUCUCCUCUGUUAGUUGAAGAGAUGGGAAGAGCUGUCACUGGUAAAUUCGUCCCAAAGUCAGCACUGGACAAAAGAGCCAGGCAGCGUUUUUGUGUUUACAGGAAGAUCUCCA